AUGUCUCACUUAUUGCAAGACUUUCCUCAGGGACCGCUCGACUAUUACAGGAAGCAAGCCUCUUUCGACUGGAAGAAAAUGAAGGUUUUUAUAGACACGGAGGACGGUAUCAAAUUUCAGAACAAUCUCUACGAAAAACUCCUGAUCCACUCUGAAUUCCAAAAAAACCCAGCUCUGCAAACUCUGAACGAAAAAAGAUGCAUAGCUACCCGACAAGCCCUAGCCUACGCCACCAUCGUUAAGUCUUUAACCCCCAGCGAAAUAACCACCACAAAAAAAGAAGACAUCAUUUUGAGAACGAUACUCCAAUUGAGUCCUUCGGCAGCCUUCAAGUAUCCAGGAACCAAGCGUUUAUUCACCAGUGCUUUGCAAAGUCAAGGAACUAGUAGACACCACAAAUUCCUACAAGAAGCAGAAUCGGGAAAGAUCUAUGGAUGCUUUUGUAUGACGGAAAUCGGCCACGGAAGCGACACCAAGAAUUUGAGAACAACUGCUACCUACGAUAAAGACAAAGACGAGUUCGUGGUGAACACGCCGGAUUUUCAGGCAGCGAAAUGCUGGGCCGCUGGGUUAGCAGAACUGGCGACCCAUGCUAUAGUGUACGCGCAGUUGUACAUAAACGGGGACCAUUGGGGCUUGCAUGGGUUCGUCGUUCCCAUCAGAGACCCCCAGACACUCCUGCCGUACGAAGGGGUAAUUCUGGGCGACAUGGGCGAAAAAGUAGGAGUCAAUGGAGCUGAUAAUGGGUUUCUAAUUUUUGACAAAUACCGCUUCCCUCGCGAAAACCUCUUGAACAGAUUUGCAGACGUUACAUCUAAAGGAAACUACGUAACUUCUGCUGCUGACCAAAAAGACGUACGUGGAGCAAUUUUGGGCGCUUUGUCCAUUGCGAGGGUUACUGUAACUGCGAAAUCUGAAUUUUAUGGAACGAAAGCGCUUACUAUCGCUGUAAGAUACGUGGCUGUUAGAAGACAGUUCGGUCCGAAAAAUCAAGAAGUGUCGAUUCUAGAAUACCAAUCUAUGCAAUAUCGACUUUUGCCGUACUUGGCUGCCGCUUACGUCGUCAGAUUCUUCAGUACGUACUUAGACGAAGUGACGCAAGAGUUUGUCAAAGACUCCAAGAAGCAGAACGACCCAUCGCUGGCUAGACGUGGUAUGGAAAUCCACGUGAUUUCGGCGGGUGCAAAGCCUGUGUCCGGAUGGACGUUUAGAGAUGCCAUACAAGAAUGUAGAGAAGCUUGUGGUGGACAUGGCUACCUCAAAGCUUCUGGAAUUGGCGACAUCAGGAACGACCAAGACAGCGUCAACACAUACGAAGGCGAAAACCACGUGCUAAUCCAACAAGUAAGCAAUUGGUUACUGAAAAUCCAGAAUGGUGACAAAGUUUCGACUUAUUUAAAAUCAGCCGAUUUCAUAUCAAACGCUUCAAAAAUUCUCAAAACUAAGUUCAACGCAAGCAGUCUAGACGAAGUUUGCAAAGUUGAAAAUAUAAUAGACACCUACCAGUGGCUCGUGUGCUAUCUCUUACGAGAAACUAAACAAAAAUUUGACUUGCUGAAACAACGUGAAGGGUCAUUUUGGGCCAAAAGCAACACGCAGAUUUUCUACUGCAAAAACUUGAGCAUAGCGUUCGUUCAGCAUUUGUUUCUUCAACGAAUGUUAACGGUUAUAGACACAGCACCAGAUGUUAACACCAGAAAUGUUUUGUUGAAACUCUUCUCUCUGUAUGGUCUCUACAAUAUUGAAAAGUUUUUACCGUCACUGUUUGGGGGUGGUUAUGUUCAGAAUUAUAAAGCUACAAAUUUAGUGCACGAAGCUGUAUUAAAAUUGUGCAAAGAACUUAAAAAUGAUGCUGUGGCUUUAAUAGAUGCUUUAGCACCUCCGGAUUUUGUUUUAAAUUCCAUUUUGGGGGAGUCUGACGGACAGGUCUAUCAAAGGUUACAGAAUGCACUUGUUGGGUCUUCUUAUGAAGCGAAUAGACUCAAGUGGUCCGGCGAGGCUGUUAGUAACAUCAUCGAUCCCCGGAAUAAGUUGUAA